AUGCCAAUCUCGAUUACGAUGCGUCAGCCGCCCAGCUUCCGGGACAAGGAAAGCGAGCUGGCUAUGCGUAUCAAACAGCCCUUCAACGUCGUGGCGGUUGGCGAUCUUAUACAGAUGGUACCAUUUUCGAACAGAGAUGAUCCGGAUAUCCAAGCUCUUGUCCAGCUGAUGCAAAAAUCUGACAUCACCUUUGCCAACAACGAGAACACCAUCGUUGAUCGCCUUACCUUCCGCGGCCCUAUCGCCCAUAUGGAGGCAGACAAAGACGUUGCAGACGAUUGGAAGAACAUGGGCGUGGAUAUGGUCACAAGAGCGAACAAUCACACCUUUGACUGUGGUGAUCCUGGCCUUGUCCAGAAUCUUGAACAACUUCGCCGUGUCGGUAUUGAUUAUGUCGGUACUGACUACAACACUGUUGAGGCACGGCUUGCUCGCUUCAAGACUACGCCCAAGGGUAUUGUAGGUUUUGUCGGUGUUUAUUCCGAGACCGAGGAUUACUCUCAACUCGUCGGCGUACCUACACGCGACCCGAUUGUUGUAACGCCAGACCAGCUUGAACAGCUAAGAGCAAUGCGGGAUAGCAUCAUCGCUCGCCGUAGCGAAGUCCCCAGGCCGCUUGGUAUGCCUAAACCAGAUCCGGAGGGAUCUGUGCUUGUUUUUGGACGACAGUUUCGAGUUAAGAACGCCGGUGCGGAGGCCGACGAAGAAGUGGCCGGCAUCAAGAAACGCUUAGAACACCAUCAGGGAUCGAAAGGUACUAUUACAUACAAGAACAACUCGCUUCGUUUGAAUGUUUCCCACAGUGUUACUGCGGAACAAAUGAAGCAACUCCGAGCCAUCGCAGGUGUCGAGGCAAGCGAUUCCGCUGAGACCCUUGAGGCCUUUGAUCUCCGUUUCCGAGUGGCCCCCAAGCCAGGGGAGUACGGCUACGAGAUGGAGCCCCAGGACUUGCGGGAUGUUCUCCGUGAAGUCCGCUCUGGAAAGCAAUUUUCUGAUUUCUUGAGCGUUACUAUCCACUGGCACCAGAACCGAUUUUCGUUCCAGCACUACUCCUUCGACCACUACCCGGCCGAUUAUCAGAUCGACUUUGCUCAUCAAGUCAUCGAUAACGGCGCCGAUUUCUUCUUCGCACACGGCGUCCACACUCUCAAAGGAGUCGAGAUAUACAAAGGAAAGCCAAUCUUUUACGGCGUCUCCAAUUUUGUCUUCCAAAACGCCCAGUUCCGCUCGUGGCGCGAUGAUGCGGCUGGUCGAGUUCCUGCUUCACUGGAAGGCCCUGUCGUAGGAGACGGUGAGAUCAAUGAGAAUCGUUGGGCUUGGCUGGAUGCACCAGAGAACAAGGAAGCUCUGCUUGUGUCGGCGGAUUACGCCGAAGGAAAGCUGUCUCGAGUUCUUGUCUACCCGGCUGAUCUGGGAAGAACGCACCGCAACGGCUCUAUGAUUGGCACGCCCACAAAGCCCGCUCCUGAAGUUGCCAAUGAUAUCCUCAGCCGUCUCUGUGAGUACUCGCAGCCGUUCGGCACGAAGAUUAGCAUUGAGGAUGGAGUAGGAGUGGUUCACAUUCCAUCCGAGUAG